CUUGUUGUUUGACGCUGUCAUUCCUGGAUGUCCUGCUGACCUGUGGCACCACUGGCCAAACUCCAGCAGCUUUGGAAACUUAAUAACGUCACAGCAUGCAAAACAUGUCACCAGCAGAGACAGUGAGAGAGGGAUGUCGGUCAGUGACGGGCUCCAGGCUUUAUGUCACUGAAAACUAACAAGUGGAGGACACAGGUGAGCACAUGUUGGACUCAUGGAGCACAUUAACCAUCUCUGUUCCUCACUGGACACAAAGAUGGACACCACAGAUGAAAACCACAUGGAGGGGACGAAGAUGGAAAGAAAGAACGAGCAAACUUUGGAGAGCGACUCUUGCGCCAGACUGUCAGAUGAGACACACCAGUAUCUGUCGAUUGGUGAAGGGCCGUCCAGCAGCUCCUGGGGAGUCAGAGUGAGAUCCAGACCCAGACUCCACUCAACAAAAAGCUUCCCCCCUUACAGUCAAUGUAUAGGUGGACUAGGAGAGGAGGACGGAGAGUGGGACAACGAGCAAAACUCAGAGUCAAGCAAGGUUUUCCAGCCGAAUUUGGGGGAAGACAUUCAAAACACAGAAAGGAAAAAAGAGUUGACCUCAAGAUGUGCAAGGGAUGGAGUGAAGGCAAAAUGGAGGUGGAGGAGGACGGAGAGGUUAGGGGGAAGUUAUGAAGGAGACACAGAUAGCUGGGACAGAGGAAGGUGGAGUGGGAAAAGAAGAGUGGACGAGACUGGGAAAGAAAGGAGGCAUGAUGACGAGGAAAGCGUUGAUGGUGAGGGGAAACACUGGAAAGGCAGAAAGUCCAGUUUUGAGAAAGGGAGGAAUAAAGAAGAGGAAGAAGAGAGGGGGAGAUCUUUAGAUGUUAAGGGGGAAGAUGGGGGGGAGAUCCCUGAUGGGGAGGAUGAAGAGGCCGAGGACCUGCCAGACCUGACAAGGGGCUCCACCGCACAUCAGUGGUCCUCCCCACAUCCAGUCCUCUCCAGGCUGCUGCACUCCUCCUCCAGCUCCUCUUGUUCCUCCAUCAACUUCUCCUCAGCAGAGAGCGAUGAGGUCUUCAGUGAAGGAGAGGACGCUGCAUCGAAGAGGAAGACCUUCAAGAAGGUGAGAAGAGCUGAUGCAAACACAUGAUAAAUGCAUGCAGCUCAAAACUACUUUUUCACUGUUGGAAUUUAGUGUCCUAACAUAUACACUGGCAUCACCUUCUGGGCUUCUGGCUGCUCUGGUUUUCCUGGAAAAGGUGUAAAAACGUAUGUUUCAGCUGUUCUUUGCACCUGUGGUCCUGGUGAUUUGCAUGGGCUUGAAAGAAGACUUUGACGGGGUCAGAUUUGAAUGGUGUUUGCAUGGCUUACUGCUACUGCUGGUACAGAUAUGAGAGUCGAGGGGAGCAGA